GGACUACCUGCAGCCAAUCACAGCUCCGCUCCCCCCGAGUUUAAUAAAGUUCUCUUUUUCCGCCGUUUGACUUCGUGUUUUGGGGAAACGGCGUCUUCUUCUCUGUGCUAAAGAUGUGGGUGGACAAACCAGCUCUGGCUAUGUGCGACACACACCGGCUCAAAGUAAGAGAUACGAGCAAAAAGAGCGUUUUGUAGGAAAAGAAGAUGUAUCGAUGGCGCUUCUCCAUCGCCAUAACUCUCGGCUUGGUGUGGUAUUUUUCAGACUGCAGCCGCACAGUGACACAGUACUUGUUAUGUUUCCUCUUUUGUUUUUCUACCCCGCUGUUAUUCGGGAAUAGUAGGCGAGAGAGCAGCACUCAAACUUAUGAAGAGACGAAGGAAAAUCCACUCCAGGAAACUGUUGAGGAGGAGUUGUUUGGUGACUUGACUGAGGGAGACAGCAGCAAGCAGGCUGAACCACUGGAGUCUCAGUAUCCACAUGUGAAGAGGUCUCUACAGCAAGUGUUUGAGUGCGCCUAUGCCCAGCUGGUCCUGCCUUGGUACGGCGUCCUCGAGCCGUGUGAGCACCAGCCUCUGCACCAGGUGCUCAGCAGGGAGUUCAACUUCAUUAUUGACCAGAUCAUUGAGAGAGCCAAAGACUUUGAUGUUUGCCAGGUGGUUGUGGGCUCCAUUCGGAUUUUGACCGAGCACUUGCAUAAUGCGAAGCAGUCUGACAAGGAGCUCUUGUUCACUUCCAGAGCAGAGAUUGCAGUUCUCCGAGAGUUUUCUGACGCUCUGGUACGUAACCUUUUACCCGAAUCUCUCUGGGGCCAAGAAGUCAAUCGCUGUGCCUUAAAUGAGAUCGUUGCCUUAAAGGGUUUGGGCCUCUUGGUGACAUGGCUGUCUGACCCCGACAACCUGAACCAGCUGGUGGUGAGCCAGCUCGACAGCGUGACCCCCAAAGGCUCUGUGGAAGAGCUGUGUGGAUCAGACCUGGAUCAAACCUCUCUGGCUUCACAGGACGGUGAAGGCAAGGCCGAGGGCACUGAAGUGAGCUUGGGGGGAGCAAGGAUUUCAAACAGCACCAGGAUCAAGGCCAAAAGGAAAGGUAACAAGUUAAAAGAAGGAUGGUCAAAAUUUGUGGACAAGAUGAAGUCCAAGAAGGCCAAGAAGAAGAAGAUGAAAAAGAUGGAGCAGGAGCUGAAGAUGAGGAUCAUGGCGAUUCAGGGAGACACGUCCAACGAGGACGAUGUCAGCAGCAGGGAGAGCUCCGAUCACAGCCAGCAGAACUCUGACAGGGAGGACAAUGAUCUGAACUACCUGACAAGCGUCCAAGAGGACAUGAUGGAAUUCAAACUGUCGUACGAGAUGUGGCGCGUCGGCCGCUGGGCUGUCAGCAUCCCUCAUGCCGACUGGAAGGAUGAGGAGCUAAUCUUCACUGUUCACCUGGAGGAGAAGGACAGCCCCGAGAACCUACAGUGGGACAUCAGGAAGACCUACAAGGAUGUGAUAUACUUCUGCAACACAUGGCAGGACUCGACCAGGCUGCCCACGAUCCUGGUGCUGGAGGAGUCUGAGGUCAAUGAUGAGGUCAAAGAAGAAGCCAGAGUAUCAGUGGAGGGCUUCCUGCAGGAAUUUGUUUCUGAUAAUCUGAUCGGCCACACUCAACCGGUUUUUCAGUUCCUCUGCCCACUUGACAAACUUCUGAAUGAAGAGGAACAUUAUGGAGGUGUGUGGGGCCUUCUGAGCGGCUUGGCUUACUUCCUGACUCCAGGUCAAGAGGAAGAAGAGAACUCUAGCCCUCGGACAGAAGCCCCGAAAGAGAUCACAACGCCAUCUUUACAUCCAGAAUCCACAACUCAGCCUUUAGAAAGCCCUGGUGCCUCUACUGAGAAGGGCAAUGUUCCUGGUGCUACAAUCCCAACUAUUGUUAUCUCCCAAUAUCAUUCUCCUUCAGAUCCGCCUGAGGAAGCAGAAAAAGAAAAGGAGCUGCAGCCUGCAAAUGAAAACUGCUCCCAAGACAAAACAGAGGACUCGGAUAAUCCCUUAACCUCUCACUUUAAAAUGAUUUUCAAAGGACUGACCCGAUCCAGGUCACAAGAGUCCCUGGUCUCAACAAAAACCUCCGGUGAUUCGGACGCGCCUGAUUCGGACGCACCUGAUUCGGACUCCACGCCACACUGCAGCCAAAAUAGAGGCUUGCAAGGGGAGAGCGCAGAAAGUCUGCCGUGGCUUCACUUCAGUGCAAGGUCAAAUAAAAAGGAGAAAAUAUGUUUCAAGAUGUCAGGUGGCGUGAACAAGGCUAAAGGGAAGGACCAGGACACUUUGCCAAAAGGGGAGGACUCCCACUGUCAGAAGAGCCAAGUCAACCGGGAGCAACCGGAGGCGAUCAAAGCCAUAUUAGAUCUGCUGAAAGAAAUAUCUGGAAACUCCAUCCUCAUAAACAUAUUUGAUGCCAUUUUGAAACCUGUUAUGCCCAUCUUGAAAAAAAAAGUGAACUCUUUCCUAAACAAGAUGAACCCAACAGAAGCGCAGAUGGCCGCAUACAUUGAUACUCUGCGUGACAAACAGUGGCCAGACAUUCAACCAGCAGCACCUCCUCCUCCUCCUCCUCGCACCGACGAGGAGAAGAAGGAGACCAGGGACAGAGCGCACAACCUAAUCAAUGCCAGAUAUUCAAACUAUCUUGUCUUGAAGAAGACGGACGUGGAGUCUGUUUUUAAUAUUUUCCAGGACAGUGACGAAAACAAAACGCUUGUAUAUAUGCUCCUGUCAUUCCUAUUCAGGGAAUUUUUUCCCAAUGAGCAUUUCCUAAAUGUGAGCGCUGCUGUCCUACAGAAAGUGACCGACUCCACCAACUGAUCUGUGAACCUUUGAUUGUGUUUUUAAUGGUACUUUGUCGACAUUUUAGAAUAUGAAAUUAUUUAUUAAACAUCUUAAAAUGCCUUAAAAUAUUUCUGACCAUUUCUGUAUCAAUGUCAGACACUCCUUUUUGUCGUUUUUACCUCAAACAUAUCAAACAUACUGUGAACAUUUUGUGAAUUUCCUUUGGUUUUUAUUUUGUAUAGUUAAGCUGCAUUUGUAAGUGAUUAACCCUGACUCAUUUGUGUGUGAAAUCAGAAACAUUCUUUGUGGGAACUGGCUUUGAAUAUUGUAUUUUUACAGUCAACCUUAGAGGAGAAAGUAAACUAUAUUUCAUAUUUACAGUUUGAAUUUCACCCUUCACAUUUUACUUACUUACUUUGUACAAGAACUUUAAAUUUUCUAAAAUAUUUUUUCACUUUGAGCACUUAUGUAUGGUGAGUGUUUGUAAGCUGGUUAAUUUGGCAUAAUGUAUUACAUAAUAGAAUAUCUCACAAUUGCUAAUCACCUAAAUCUGUCAAAGUGGACACAUGAAAUAGUGUUAAUGUAAAUAACUUGAAUUUAUUCCAAAUAAAAUAUUUUAAUAAAGUUUUUUUCAGCUAUA